UCCUCAAAAAUGGAGCCGGACGAUUCCGGUUCAGAAGGUGUAAAAGAAUCAUAUGAUUCUGUUUACGCUGAAAGAAAAACUCUGCUAGAGGCUGAAGUCACAUACAAGAAGAGAAUAACACAGCUUGAAAAUGAAAUGAACCAGUUCGUUAAGAAUAUCGAGGAUUUACGAGCCGAAAAUAAGACUAUUAGAACAACCAUGGAACAUAUGGAAGAGGAUAAGAAGAAAAGUGGGAGUCAUCAAAGUAAAAACACCGUGGUCAUCGUCGCAGAUGAGGACACGACUAACAAGUCGCCAAGUCUUCAAAGUAAAGACUUCGAUGCGGAAAAUUACGACUUGAAACGACAGAUCAAGUAUCUGAAGAAAGAAAAUAAAACAUUAGAUGACAAAGUUCACGAGUUAAAUAAAACGACUGAAGAACUGAAAACAGACAAUCAAAAACUCGACGAUGAAAUCACAGUGUUGCGCAAUAGACUUCGUGAUUUAGAAAGACCCUCUGGUGAACGGAAGGAGAAGAGUAAUGUUAGUUCCAGUGAAUCUCUGAGGGCAGAAAUCAGUGUUCUUAAAGCAGCAGAGGAACGUCGAAAGAAGGAAACAGAACAAUUACUAUCAGAUAAAAACAAACUUGAAUACGAAUUGGAAAAAUUCAAGGAUGCUGCGAAAGAGGAUGCUGAAGUUUCCACAGAUGGCGCAACGACAGCAAGGGAUAAGAUGGAAUUAAAAUCCCAUGUAGUGAGCUUACAAACAGACAAUCAAAAUUUGAAUGAGGAAAAUAUGAAACUAAAAGCCGAAUGUCUUGAUCAGGUUAAAAAGAUACAUGAACUGGAAAAGGCAGAAAAGACUGAAGUAGAGAAAUGGAAAAAUGAAAACGAAGAGCUAAAGAGGGAAAUAAAAAAGUUUCAGGAAAAAAAGGGAGGCGUUCCUGGUGGAAACACCGAAAAAUUACAAGCGGAAAAUAAAGCUCUCUCAGAGGCUUUGUCCCAGAAGAAGAUGGAAUUGGAUGAGCUGAUGCAUGCUCUCAACGGAGAUAGAAUCGAAGAUGAGGUGCAAAAGGUCAAGGCUGAAAAAGAACAGUUACAGAAAGAACUUGAGGAAAGUCAACGGAAAGUGGAAAUUUCCGAAAAGGUAGUAAAAGAGCUAGAAGAGAUUAAAACCGAAAAAGUAAGUUUGCAACAAAAGCUGGAAAUCAGUGAAAAGAAAAUAGUGGAAAGCAAUGAUAGGAAUGAUGAGAUUAAUGAAUUAAAAUCAGAAAAGGAAAAAUUACAAAAACAGCUAGAUGAAAACGAAAAACGUGUUUUAGAAUCUGCAGAAUCCAUGGUGACAAUUCAUGAACUGAAAUCUGACAAAGAAAAGUUACAAAAGCAGUUGGAAGAAUGUAAAAGACGAGAAACAAACAUGGAGAAAUCCCUUACAGAGGUGAAAAUUCAAAAGGACGCAUUAGAAACAGAAAAGAAACACGUCAAAGAAGAAUUAGCGGAAACUGUGAAAACAAACAAGAAUUUGAACGUAGAAAUAGAUAAAUUAAAAUCAUCGCAGGAUGAAAUGUCUCGCGCUUUGGACGAUGAAAAGUCCAAAAUGACGUUACUAGGGGAAAAAGAAUGGGAACUAGAUGAGUUAAGGAAAAAAUGUGACCUACAAGAAAAGGAAUUGAUGAGAACAAAAGAACAACAUCGUCUUGAAGUUGACAAAAUGAGUGAUGAAAAAAGGAAGGAGGAGAGUAAGCUACGAAAAGAAUUGGAAAAUGUCACGGAAAGAAAAAAUGAAAUUAUUGAAAAACUUACCAAAAAGAUGUUAUCGAUGGAAUCUACGAAAAAUAUGGAAAUCAAAAAAUUAAAAGAACAAAUAGAUGCAUUAGUAGUUGACGGAGAAAUUGUAGAAAAGGCAAAAGCAACGGAAAGAGAAAAUAAAGAGUUAAAACAAGAACUGAAGACAGUGCACAAUAAAUAUUCGGAGGUAGUUACAGACUUGGAGCAGAAGAAAAACACGGAAGAACGAGCAUUUGAAAUGAGCAUGCGCGUGGAACAGAUGAGCGUGAAAAUGAAACUCAUGGAAAAAGAUGAACGUGAAUGGAGAGUGAAAAAGGAGCGAUUUGAUGAAAUCGAAGCCAGCAAUAAAAGACUGACAGAAGAAAGUAUUGCGAUGAAAAAAAUGUUGGAAGAGAAGGGAAAAGGACCUGAUGACAUUUCUUAUCGGAUAGAGUUCCUCGAACGACGGCAGACUGACUCUGACACGCGUGUGAAACAGCUGGAAGGCUGGGUCGGAGAUCUGUAUAUAGACACAGAACGUAGUGAAAAGGGACGGAACAAAUACAAAAACAAACAAAAUUCAAAAACUGUGCAAGGCCUACAGGUUCAAAAUCCCUCGAAAUUGUCUACUCAGAACAUAAAGGCGAGAAGUUUAGACGAUGUUGAGGUAAAUGUUGAUGAUAAAACGACGGAAUCAUCAACUCCAACCUUACCAUCCAUAUACGCAAAUAGCACUGGACAAAUGACGUACAGACGGGCAGGGUACAGUCAGAUUCACAAGGCACGCUUACAGAACGCUGUGAAAAAACGUAGAUAG